CAGUUGCCCUAUUUCCUUCACUUCAAAACCCUGAAUUUUCCGUCCGUUGGUAAAACCCUCAUCAGCCGCCAUGGCCAUGGUAUGUCGCCUGAGAGUGGCUGCUGCUCCUCUUGCGCGACUCCGCUUAGGUCAGAUCAAACGCCGUUUCUAUGGAUCGGCGGCUCAGCUCCAGUACGAUUACGAUGACGAUUAUGAUUACAACGAGAGCCCCUCGGAGAUGGAGGACUCCCUGGGAUCGGUGUCGGGUAGGGGCGUUCAGUGGGUUGUAAUGGGCGAUCCAUCGACGAAUAGGCAAAUGUACGCGGAGAAGUUAUCUCAACUCCUCAAAGUACCUCAUAUUUCCAUGGGAACCCUCGUUCGUCAAGAGCUCCACCCUCGCUCUUCUCUUUAUAAACAGAUUGCUGAUGCUGUGAAUCAGGGCAAGCUUGUGCCAGAGGAAGUGAUUUUUGGUCUGCUAUCAAAGAGGUUGGAAGAAGGUUUCUACAAGGGUGAAACUGGGUUUAUUUUGGAUGGAAUUCCUCGAACAAGAAUGCAAGCUGAGAUUCUUGACGAAGUUGCGGAUAUAGAUUUGGUCUUAAAUUUCAAAUGCACAGAAGAUUGUCUGCAAAAGAAGCAUGGUGAUGUUGGACAUGAAGCAUGUGCUUCUUCUUACCAAGAUAUCCUCAGUGUCAAUGGGCGCAAUUCAAUGAAGAAGCCAUUGGAUUUGGAAGAAUACUACAAGAAACAAAAGAAGCUUUUAAACUUUAAUGUAGCUGGUGCACCUGGAGAAACAUGGCAAGGACUUUUGGCUGCUUUACAUCUUCAACAUAUGAACGCUCUCAUCACCUCUUCUUCACACAAGUUGAGUCUAUAAUUAAUUAAUUAAUUAAUUAAUUCUUGCAGUUUGUUUGUUUGGUUUUUCAACCACAUUUUACUUAUCACCGGCAAAAAAAAAAACAAUAUAGAGAUAUAUUACGAGUGUAAUAUAAUAUAGUUUGGUGUUUGCUUAUAUAUACCCAGAGUUCCAUUUUUCCAGAGAAUAAUUUUGUUUUAUCCGUUAUAGAGUUUAUGUAUUGUGUAAUGUAGUUUCAGACAUGACACUGUGAAGCAUUGGCUUUAUCAAUUUUGUCACAUAAUCAAUCAAGUUUGCUUUAUUUAUA